CUUUCCCUGUCUCUUCAUUUUCUUGUUCCUCUCGCUAUCACCCAUCUCCCCGCUCCCGGAAAUAACGAUUUAGUCGUGCUAAGUAAGGAGAGGUGAAAACUGCAAAAGUCUGAGGCUGACUGAAGAGAGAAACUAAUUGUGCUGAAGUUAGUCCAGCUUCAACAAUUAAAGGAUAUUUUUGGUACUUUUUAAUUGAAGUGGAGGCGGCUUUUUUUUUUUUAUAAAUAACCAUGGCAGAUGUGGAUCCAGACACGUUGCUGGAAUGGCUGCAGAUGGGGCAGGGGGAUGAAAGGGAUAUGCAGCUAAUAGCACUGGAACAGCUCUGCAUGCUGCUUCUGAUGUCAGACAACGUGGAUCGCUGUUUUGAAACAUGCCCUCCUCGAACUUUUUUGCCAGCACUGUGCAAAAUUUUUCUUGAUGAAAGUGCUCCAGACAACGUACUGGAAGUAACAGCUCGUGCCAUAACGUAUUACCUGGAUGUAUCGGCUGAAUGCACCCGUAGGAUUGUGGGAGUGGAUGGAGCUAUCAAAGCACUUUGUAAUCGUUUAGUCGUUGUUGAACUUAACAACAGAACCAGCAGAGAUUUGGCUGAGCAAUGUGUGAAGGUGUUAGAAUUAAUCUGUACCCGUGAGUCAGGAGCUGUGUUUGAAGCUGGAGGAUUGAACUGUGUUCUGACAUUCAUUCGUGACAGUGGACACCUUGUUCAUAAAGAUACUUUGCAUUCAGCUAUGGCUGUGGUAUCCAGACUCUGUGGCAAAAUGGAGCCUCAGGAUUCUUCGUUAGAAAUCUGUGUGGAAUCACUGUCUAGUUUAUUAAAACAUGAAGACCAUCAG